GCGGGGGAGGAAGGCUGAGGGAAGAGAGGGCACCCCCGGGCGCCAGGGUGCAUUGUGGGAAGGAGGCGGCAGCGUCCCGGGCGGGCGGGAGGUGCACCAGCGGCGGCGGCGGCGGUAAAUCCUCCCGGCCGCUCACAGCACUGUGGAGCCGCAUCCCCAGCCCGGCCUCGGACCGCGGCGCCCCUCCUGCCCCUCGCGGCUUCUCUCCCGCCUGCCCCUCCCCCCGGCGCGCCGGCCCUAACGAGCCGGCCGGCCGGCCUGGCUCCCCUCCCCGGCCCCGACGGGCGGGCGGGCUGCCCUGAGGAGGCGGGGAGGGGAGGGCUGGGCCGGCCGGCGGGCAGACGACGAUGCCGAACUUCUGCGCGGCCCCCAACUGCACGCGGAAGAGCACGCAGUCGGACCUGGCCUUUUUCAGGUUCCCGCGGGAUCCAGCCAGAUGCCAGAAGUGGGUGGAGAAUUGUAGGAGAGCAGACUUAGAAGAUAAAACACCUGAUCAACUAAAUAAACAUUAUCGAUUGUGUGCCAAACACUUUGAGACUUCUAUGAUCUGUAGAACUAGCCCUUAUAGGACAGUUCUUCGAGAUAAUGCAAUACCAACAAUAUUUGAUCUUACCAGCCAUUUGAAUAAUCCACACAGUAGACACAGAAAACGAAUAAAAGAAUUGAGUGAAGAUGAAAUCAGGACACUGAAACAGAAAAAAAUUGAUGAAACUUCUGAACAGGAACCAAAACAUAAGGAAAUAAACAACAGCAAUGCUCAGAACCCCAGUGCAGAAGAAGGGGGUGAAGAGCAGGAUGGAGACAUUUUACCUUUAACCCUUGAAGAGAAGGAAAAUAAAGAAUACUUAAAAUCUUUAUUUGAAAUUUUGAUUCUUAUGGGAAAACAGAACAUACCUCUGGAUGGACAUGAAGCUGAUGAAAUCCCAGAAGGUCUGUUUACUCCUGAUAACUUUCAAGCACUGCUGGAGUGCCGGAUCAAUUCUGGUGAAGAGGUUCUGAGAAAGCGCUUUGAGACAACAGCAGUUAACACAUUGUUCUGUUCAAAAACACAGCAGAAACAGAUGCUAGAGAUCUGUGAGAGCUGCAUUCGGGAAGAAACCCUCAGGGAAGUGAGAGACUCUCACUUCUUUUCCAUCGUCACUGACGAUGUGGUGGACAUAGCAGGGGAAGAGCACCUGCCUGUGUUGGUGAGGUUUGUUGACGAAGCUCACAACCUGAGAGAGGAAUUUGUGGGCUUCCUGCCUUAUGAAGCUGAUGCAGAAAUUUUGGCUGUGAAAUUUCACACUACGAUAACUGAGAAGUGGGGAUUAAACAUGGAGUACUGUCGUGGCCAGGCUUACAUUGUGUCCAGUGGAUUUUCUUCCAAAAUGAAAGUUGUUGCUUCUAGACUUUUAGAGAAAUAUCCCCAAGCGAUCUACACACUCUGCUCUUCCUGUGCCUUAAAUAUGUGGUUGGCAAAAUCAGUGCCUGUUAUUGGAGUAUCUGUCGUGUUAGGAACAAUUGAGGAAGUUUGUUCUUUUUUCCAUCGAUCACCACAACUGCUUUUAGAGCUUGACAAUGUAAUUUCUGUCCUAUUUCAGAACAAUGACGAAAGGGGCAAAGAACUGAAGGAAAUUUGCCAUUCUCAGUGGACAGGCAGGCAUGAUGCUUUUGAAAUCUUAGUGGACCUCCUACAAGCACUUGUUUUAUGUUUAGAUGGUAUAAAUAGUGACACAAAUGUUAGAUGGAAUAACUGUAUAGCUGGCCGAGCAUUUGUACUCUGUAGUGCAGUAACAGAUUUUGACUUCAUCGUUACCAUUGUUGUUCUUAAAAAUGUUCUAUCUUUUACAAGAGCCUUUGGGAAAAAUCUUCAGGGGCAAACUUCUGAUGUCUUCUUUGCAGCCAGUAGUUUGACUGCAGUGCUGCAUUCACUAAAUGAAGUGAUGGAAAAUAUCGAAGUUUAUCAUGAAUUUUGGUUUGAGGAAGCCACAAAUUUGGCAGCCAAACUUGAUAUUCAGAUGAAACUCCCAGGGAAAUUUCGCAGAGCUCAGCACAGUAACCUGGAAUCUCAGCUAACCUCUGAGAGUUACUAUAAAGAAACUCUAAGUGUUCCAACAGUGGAACACAUUAUUCAGGAACUGAAAGAUAUAUUCUCAGAACAACACCUCAAAGCUCUUAAAUGCUUAUCUCUGGUACCCUCUGUCAUGGGACAGCUUAAAUUCAAUACAUCAGAGGAGCAUCAUGCUGACAUGUACAGAAGUGAUUUACCUAAUCCUGACACACUCUCUGCUGAGCUGCAUUGUUGGAGAAUCAAGUGGAAACACAGAGGGAAAGAUAUAGAACUUCCAUCCACUAUUUAUGAAGCCCUUCAUCUGCCAGACAUCAAGUUUUUUCCUAAUGUUUAUGCAUUGCUGAAGGUCCUGUGUAUUCUUCCUGUGAUGAAGGUUGAGAAUGAACGCUAUGAAAAUGGACGAAAGCGUCUCAAAGCAUACCUGAGGAACACUUUGACAGACCAAAGAGGACUAGACAGGACAGCUUGCUCAGGAUCAAACCACUCGGUGGUGGCAGAGGCCAGGGGAGAACAGAAGUGUCCCAACAGUGCUGUGCUCUGUCCUACCACACAGACGAAACUGAAGAUGGAAAGCCUGAAAGAAUCAUUUCUUGGCAGGGUCUGGGACACUUGUCAGGCAUCUCUAGGAUUUUGCCAGGAUCCAAGAAGUCUUCAUCAUGGUGCAGAAAGCAUGAGACCCAAGCCUCGACAGAUGAGCUGGAACUUUGGCAGGAAGAAGUGGGUUAAAACAAAGAGCAGUCCAGAUGGAAGGGAUGGUGUGAGCAAAGGCAGAGAAGCUGUAAAAUCUGUGAGAAGUGUUUUGCUUUUUUCCAAUUGGAUACAAAAUAUGAACAAAGGUAUUUUUCCUAUCACUUUAUAAAAUAUUAAGGGAAUUAGCAUUCUGUCUUGUGUGUGUU